AUGGCAGCUGGAGAUCACAUGAUGACUACUGCAACCCAGCGGUCAGAGAUACUGUCUGGGUGUCUACCAGCUGGCGCUGUCGCAACAUCCUUCACUGCCGAAGUAGCAGCAGCAGCAGCUGGCCUGAGGGCAGUCUACGACCUUACCACCAUGGAGACGGACGUUGUGCUGGUCACUGACAGCCUCUCCCUCGUAGAUGCCCUCCGUGGAGACCCAUACAGGAUCAGCCCAGACACCAUUGCUGCGUUCGAUGCUCUGACAGAGGUUGCUCGGAAGGCUCAUUCCAUCAACCUUGUCUGGAUCAGCAGCCACUGCGGUGUUGCUCUCAAUGACAAGGCGGAUCGCCUUGCGCGGAAUGGUGACAGUGUGUACAGGCCCAGGUUCAGCUACCUAUCCAAGCUGCCAAGGCUUCAAUUCGGUCUGCAACCGCAUACCCCCGGCCAUUACUCAACACCAGCAAGUUUCGCAGCCCUCCAUCCCCGGGCAUGA